AUGUUUAUCUCGCGAUCACCCUUGCUGGGCCUAAAGUCAAGAACUGCUAUGUUCUAUGGGUUCACUGUUGCCGGGAUGGGAGUUUACUACAGCACUCGUGCGGCCUAUGCCGAGUCUGGCGAGCCUUCCAAAGUUUUCGGGGGCUUUGGCUUCACAACUUUGCGCGUGCAAGAUGUCACGCAGUUGAACCACAACACCAAACGCCUGGUGUUUGAGUUCCCGGAUCUAAAUGCCCAAAGUGGACUAACCCUGACCUCCGCGCUGCUCACCAUUUCCCGGCCCGAGGGCCGAUGGCUGCCAGUGCUCCGGCCAUAUACUCCGAUCAGCCGCCUCGAUCAGCGCGGUUGCAUCGAGUUGAUGGUAAAGCAGUACCCCCGCGGCAAAGCGAGCUCCCAUUUGCAUUCACUUGUACCGGGGGAUAGCCUCACAUUUGCCGCAACUCUGAAAGGCUUCCCCUGGAAACCUAAUCAGUUUUCGCAAGUCUAUCUCAUCGCAGGCGGUGCUGGAAUCACACCCAUUUACCAACUUAUCCAGGGUAUCAUGAACAACCCGGACGACAAGACCAAGGUGAAACUCGUCUUUGGCGUGAAUACCGAGCAGGAUCUUCUCCUCAGAGAUGAGCUAGAGGAGUACAAAAAACGCUUCCCAGGCCGAUUCGAGUAUCUCUAUACCGUCAGCCGUCCGACAGAGAAGGACUCUCCGUUGCGCAAAGGUUACAUUACGGAAGAACUGUUGAGAGAUGUUGUGAGUCAGUCAGACAAGACUACUAAGGUUUUCCUCUGCGGUCCUCCGGGAUUGGAAGAGUCGUUGGUGGGAUCAAGAAGGGCCGAGGGAAUCCUAAGCCGCCUAGGGUUCACGAAGGAUCAGAUAUAUAGAUUCUAG